AUGCUGGAAAUUACCAUGGGUACUAUGGACUCUGGGCAAGGAGGAAAGACUCCUCCUCCACCGCCGCCACCUCCUCCGCCGCCUCCUCCUCCACCACCACCACCACCACCGCCUCCUCAUGGAAUUGGGUCAUUUCGUGGCGGGGUGCCUCCACCUCCGCCGCCGCCACCAUCACAUUUUCAGACUGGUACAGUGAGCCAGCCGCUUCACGAGGCUGUUCCCGGCCUGCCUCCAGUCCUCGGAGGAGAAAUGGUCAAGGCACGUAAGACCAUUCGUCUCCACUGGACUGAAUGGAAACCGACUCCGGCUGAGUUGGCCGCCAUCGUGGAGGCGCGAAAAGAGGAAGAGGAUCGUUUGGCAGCAACUGGCGCCAAGGGAGUUGUCUCCAAGUUUUACAACCAGAUGACUCGUAACACUGAACGUCGUAACAGCCUCCUCUCACCUGGCUCCUCUACAAGCCAUAAGAGAUCGCAUCCAUUUAAAAUACGCAAUGUGUGGUGCGAAGUGACACCCGUCAAGGUUGAUCCGACCCUGCUGGAGGAUAUUUUUGAGAAUAAGUCUAUGGACGUGAAAGUCAAGGUGAAUUGA